UGUUUUCCUUUCCUUUCCAGUUUCUUGUUACCGCGUGGGAAAUUCCACGCGUCUCUAGCCGUGUCUUUGCGCUGCUCAGACCCGAGAAGACACGGACUAAACGCGAACGCGCUCCCAGGACGCACGCUGAAGUAACGCGGACCGGCUGCGACUGCCCUGCGUAUUUCUUCCUGUGUGUUUGUUUUUGUUUUGCGAUCCAUGAAUGAGAGUAAGCCUCCAUUCAUUUGCAGGCAGAUGUGCGCGUCUAGGCUUUGAGCGAGCACUUUGGGUAUAGGAGAGAUUCCAUUUCGAACCAGAGGGUUGUUGGUCACUGACAAAGUAGAGCUUUCAUGUCGAUCUAGUGUCAGAACUCAUAUCCAUCAGCAAGCCAGGCUCAAAUACUGGAGUGAAGAUACAUGCGACUUGUUACAGUGUGUCCAGGAAGCAUCACGAAUAUCAGAAAGUCUUCCUAAGACUGAUGGAAAGAUAUUACAGCUGUCCCAGAUUCCACUGGUAACGCUUCACGACUCGGAAUCUUUUCUACACUCCAUCCAGGAAAGCCAUGACAGACAUCUCCUCCUUACCUUACUGUGAAAUAUCAUCCGACUUAGUUAUCGUGUUUCCACAGAGAACAGAGAUGUCUGUGUUUAAUAUAAACGAAGAGUGGAAGAAGAAAAGAGAGAGAAGAUAAACAAGACUCGAAUGUACACGCUGCUUUUCCGAAACUGUUUGAAGAAACGCGAUACCCAGUGAAGGUCGCUCCGACAGAGCGUGUGCUGUGCAUGUGCACGUGCAUGUGUGUGGUCCACAUCAAGCUGUGACGUUCGAAUUGCUUGGCACGUGAAACUGGAGAGUUCAGAAUCACCGUUUCCGUUUCCGAGAAGCCAAAGAGUCGUGCAGGCGCUCGCUGAUUACUGGCCGGUCUGUGCGAGGUGGUCCGGUCAGGUCGAGCCUUCUUCAGUGUGUGCCAUGCUUCCAUAACACCGUGUUGUAUUCACUGGGCAGUUCGAGUCAGCGUUCCAGUUAAAGAGUUAUGCAAUAGCGUUUAGCUCAUGGCCGGCUUUCAGACCGCUCGGUUUGGACUCAUGAGCCUGAACAUAGGCCUGCGCUUACUGUUGAGAGUGAACUACCUAUAGAAACAAAGCAGGGAAGUCCCAUUUGUGAGGAGCACGAUAUGGACGCACAGGGAAGGCUGCGGGUCAGAAAGCUCCGCUGUGGCUCCGGGCAAGGUUCCAGGCUCUCCUCUUUACUCUGGGUUGCCAUAUUCAGCGACACUGUGGAAAAGUGCUUUUUAUCGGACUCCUCGUGUUCGGAGCAUUCUCAGUCGGCCUGCGAGUGGCCGCCAUCGAGACAGACAUCGAACAGCUAUGGGUGGAAGCUGGCAGUAGGGUGAGCAGGGAAUUGCGCUACACAAAGGAGAAGCAAGGAGAAGAGGCAGUGUUCACCUCACAGAUGCUCAUCCAGACACCCAAACAGGAAGGAACCAAUAUUCUUACCCAGGAAGCUUUGUUGCUCCACCUGGAGGCAGCUGCGUCUGCCAGCAAAGUCCAGGUGUCUCUUUAUGGAAAAUCCUGGGAUCUUAACAAAAUCUGCUUCAAAUCUGGAGUCCCAAUUAUAGAAAAUGUCAUGAUUGAGAGGAUGAUUGACAAGCUUUUUCCCUGCAUGAUCGUGACCCCACUAGACUGCUUCUGGGAGGGCUCCAAACUGCAGGGAGGCUCAGCCUACUUACCGGGGAUGCCUGACAUUCAGUGGAUGAAUCUGGACCCUCUGAAGCUCAUGGAGGAAUUGAGCCAGUUCACCUCAUUAGAAGGUUUCAAGGAGAUGCUGGACAAGGCUCAAGUAGGCCAUGCCUACAUGAACCGACCAUGUCUUGAUCCCAAUGACCCAGACUGCCCAGUCAGUGCCCCCAACAAGGACCUGCGGCAGAGUCCAGAUAUUGCUGUGGAACUACAGGGUGGCUGCCAUGGUUUCUCAAAGAAGUUCAUGCACUGGCAAGAGGAGCUGAUCCUGGGCGAACGGAAGAAGAACUCUCAGGGUUUUUUGCAGAGUGCCGAGGCUUUGCAGACCAUGUUUCUCCUCAUGAGCCCCAAGCAGCUAUAUGAACACUUUAAGGAUGACUAUGAGAUCCAUGACAUCAACUGGAAUGAGGAUAAGGCCACUGCCAUCCUGGAGUCCUGGCAGAGAAAGUUUGUUGAGGUGGUCCACGGAAGCAUUCCCCAGAACUCCUCGUCUAACGUCCACGCUUUUUCUACCACUACGCUCAAUGACAUUAUGAAGUCCUUCUCCGAUGUCAGCGUCAUCAGGGUAGCAGGAGGUUACCUGCUCAUGCUGGCCUAUGCAUGUGUGACCAUGCUCCGCUGGGACUGCGCUAAGAGUCAGGGGGCAGUGGGGCUGGCUGGAGUGUUGCUAGUGGCUCUGUCUGUAGCUGCAGGUUUAGGGUUAUGCUCUCUGCUGGGGUUGUCUUUCAACGCUGCCACUACACAGGUGCUGCCAUUUUUGGCGCUGGGCAUAGGGGUGGAUGACAUGUUCCUUCUGGCUCAUUCUUUCACUGAGACUGGCUCCAACAUCCCCUUCAAGGAUAGGACUGGUGACUGUCUCAGAAGGACUGGCACAAGUGUGGCUCUUACCUCUAUUAAUAACAUGAUCGCCUUCUUCAUGGCAGCCCUAGUGCCCAUUCCUGCCCUACGGGCGUUCUCGUUGCAGGCCGCUAUCGUGGUGGUAUUUAACUUUGCUAUGGUCCUGCUCAUCUUCCCUGCGAUUCUGAGUCUGGAUUUGCAUAGACGCAAGGACAAAAGACUGGACAUCCUUUGUUGCUUCUACAGCCCGUGUUCCUCUCGAGUAAUCCAAAUCCAGAGUCAGGAGUUCUCUGAUGCCAAUGAUAACCACACUCACCCUCAUGGCCCAGCCACUCCUACUUUUGCUGGUUCCACAAUCACCACCAGCACCCACAUCACCACCACGGUGCAGGCUUUCACCCAGUGUGAUGCUGCUGGUCAGCACAUUGUCACCAUUCUGCCCCCAACAUCUCAGAUCUCCACCAGCCCUCCCUCUGUGGUGCUGUCACCCCCAGACCCCAGACCAGCUGCUGACCCUUACGGCUCCCAGCUAUUCAUGCCCUCCAGCUCCACCCGGGACCUGCUAGCCCAAGCCGAGGAACCUCGACUAGGACGUGAGUGCGUGCCUCUGCCCUUUUUACAGUGGAACCUGCCCCGCUUUGCCCGAGAGAAGUAUGCGCCGCUGCUGCUUAAGCCUGAGACGAAGACAGUGGUGGUGGUGGUAUUUGUGGCACUGCUCAGUCUUAGCCUCUACGGUACCACCAUGGUCCACGAUGGCCUCUACUUGACAGAUAUUGUGCCCAGGGACACGAAAGAGUACAAUUUCAUUUCGGCCCAGUUCAAGUACUUCUCUUUCUACAACAUGUACUUGGUCACAAUGGACGGCUUUGACUAUGCCCACUCUCAACGUGAGCUGCUGCAACUUCAUAAUGCGUUCAACUCGGUCAAGUACAUUGUGAGAGACAGUAAUCAAAAACUGCCCCGUAUGUGGCUCCACUACUUCCAGGACUGGCUCCGAGGACUCCAAGCUGCAUUUGAUUCUGACUGGGAAGCAGGCAGGAUCACCUAUGACAGUUACCGCAAUGGUACUGAGGAUGGAGCAUUAGCUUACAAACUCAUCAUUCAAACUGGCUCUAAGAAAGAGCCAUUCAAUUACAGCCAGCUGACGUCUCGCCGCCUGGUAGAUAAUGAUGGUCUGAUCCCCCAAGAGGUCUUCUACAUCUACCUGACUGUGUGGGUCAGUAAUGAUCCACUGGGCUACGCUGCAUCACAGGCCAAUUUCUAUCCCCACCCUCAUGAGUGGAUACACGACAAAUAUGAUACCACUGGAGAGAACCUACGUAUCCCAGCUGCUGAGCCUCUGGAGUUUGCCCAGUUCCCCUUCUACCUGAAUGGUCUUCGGCAGGCUUCAGACUUCAUUGAGGCCAUCGAGAGCGUGCGCUCCAUCUGUGAAGAAUUUAUGCGCAAAGGCAUCCCAAACUACCCCAAUGGAUACCCGUUCCUUUUCUGGGAACAAUACAUUGGCCUGCGCCACUGGUUCCUGCUGUCUGUCAGUGUGGUGCUGGCCUGCACCUUCCUGGUGUGUGCCGUCCUGCUGCUCAACCCCUGGACAGCAGGCAUUAUUGUUUUUAUCUUGGCUAUGAUGACAGUAGAGCUGUUUGGCAUUAUGGGCCUGAUCGGUAUCAAGUUGAGUGCCAUCCCUGUGGUUAUCCUUAUUGCUUCUGUUGGCAUUGGAGUGGAGUUCACUGUGCAUGUUGCACUGGGCUUCCUGACGGCCAUUGGGGACAAAAACACGCGCUCAGGUGUGGCUCUAGAGCACAUGUUUGCACCUGUGAUGGACGGUGCCGUCUCCACUCUACUUGGAGUGCUCAUGCUGGCUGGCUCUGAGUUUGACUUCAUUAUGAGGUACUUUUUUGCAGUGCUGGCCAUUUUGACAUUGUUGGGAAUUCUAAACGGCUUGGUAUUGCUGCCUGUUCUGCUAUCAAUUAUGGGCCCUCCAGCCGAAGUCAUUCUUGCCAAUAAUGCCAGCGGGCUCUCCAGUCCCUCACCUGAGCCCACGCCCCGGAUUAUGAACAACCAUGGCUACUAUGCUGGGCACAUCCCCAGAGCACCACGACAGGCCUUCACUGAGGUGUCAGACUCUGAGUAUUACUCUGAAACAACCAACACAUCUGGGAUUGGUGAUGAGGACUACAAGCACUGUGACAGAAAUGCGUACAUAACCACACCUACGCACCCGCCGACUUCCCACAUACUGCUGGAGGCCAGCAAGAACCCAUCUUUUCCGAAGCUCACAGUGGUAAAACCUUAUAAUGAAAUUUUAUCUGGAACGAGCCCAAAAGAUCCACCCAGCGAGGCAGCCCAGAAUACAGUCAAUUCCAUCAGUUCACAGAUCACACAGUGGGAUGGCAAGCCGGAGUACCAGGGACAUGCUAGGCGACACCCUUUACCCAAUGACAGUGCGUAUUCUCAUGGGAGGACUACUCACUGUGGUCCCAGGCUACAGCAAGGCAGAGGGCCAGAGCAGAACAGGACUAAUGGUCUGCCCCAUGGUGGCAAUACACUGCAGCAGCCAAGCAACACUGUCACCAUGGUUACGGCUACUGCCUCAGUAACCGUGUCAGUGCACCCUAAUCUGCCAGGGUCAUAUCAGGGUACCAUGCACGAGGUCUUUGAGGAUAGCGUGUCAGACUCUUUUGAGAACUCUGAGAGGACUUCACAGACUUACGGGAGAGCUAAUCAGCCUUCCAAGAGAGACUCUUUGCAACUACAAGAUCUGGAAUCCCUAGAUAACAACCAGCAUCAAGCUAAACAGGGUCUAGGUGGUACAUGGACCCAAACAGCCAAAGAUUGCUAGACAGCAUACAUCGUCACCCACACAAUCCCACAAACUCUUUUUUUUUUUUUUUUUUUGUGUCUGGAAUCUAUCUCUGGCUGUUUUGGGAGGUCCCUAUGCUCUGUCUUUCUGAACUGUACAUAAACCUCACAGAUAAGAGGAUUUAUUUUUUAAAAUAUAUUAA